AUGAAGACCAUACCCAGCUUGGUUGCAUCAAGUACGGUUGGAAUUGCUGCCACGGGUCUAGCGCUGGGCAAACCUGAACGAGGUAUCCCUUCGCGUCCCACCUCCAGGAAAAGGAAGGUUGGAGAACUCGCAGACCUCAAUACGCAUCGCCAUGGCACCUCCUCUCCCCUUUCACGCCCAGGCACGAGCUCUACAAUGAUAACUCCGGAAAGUAAGACAUCUUCGCAGCCAACCUCAUCCUCUCCGAAUCCUCCCUCUACUGAUCGCAGUCGACCCCCCCUCUCAAGAAUCGACUUCUCGAGCAACAAUCGUGCAAGGAAACUAUCAAUAUUGAGAUACGGUGACCCCUCGUCUCCUAUCGAAUAUUCUGGGGAGGAGAGUAGAAGGGAUUCUGUGUCGUCCCGAGGAUCAUGGAUAAGGAGGCUGUCAACCAUUCCCAACUCUUACAACAACAGCCCUAGGUCAAGUGUUGGGCCCGACUCGCCAUCGUUGACCUUUUCUCAUGCCUCGGCGGCUCCGAUAUUGUCUGAUCCAGCAGGCAGCGCGGCCCAAUUGCCCCCAAACAAGCUAGUCAAAAGAGCUACGUCGGGUAAGGAAGCCAAUGGGUCGAUAUCGAAGGCUGGCUUCACGUCUCAAGUACCGACACUACGCCGACCAGCCACAAGUCAUCAGCGCUCUGUUACCCUACAGCAACAGUUCAAAGACGAUUCCGGAGCCUCGAGGGAUGUAGCCCAGCAGACACCUUCUCACCAAGCACAAGUGGCAGCUUCAAGUAAUUUCAGCACACCGGAACGUAUCGCAUGGCGGCCAUACUUUCAGUCCCGGCCAACAAAGCUCACGAAGGAACGGUUGUCCGGAAAAUCAAUGGAUGGAAAUGUACAAGAUUUCCACUCAACAUCAAGGAGGGUCAUUUUCGAUGAUGCUGUGAUACCCACUCUCGUGAGCCCUCUGGUAAUAAAUACUACGAUACCACUUUUCCAGACACCCUAUAAGGACAUCCUCCCAUUUGACGAUUCGAAUAUGGGCGAGCUAGGUGACGAGCAUACCCCCGACAUUCCCUCCACAGACCAAUCCCAAAUGCUAUCUAAGCGUCCGCGUCGUUCUCUUUCGCUGCAUUUCAGUUCCCCCGGCUCAUGGAUAACAAGAUCUGGAAGCUUGCGAAAGAAGGGACGUAAUGCUGAAGUGGUGAUUGGGGGUAAACGGCACGUAUCAGCCCCAGUGUCCACCAUGCCUGGACGGAGUGUGGCAUCAGCCCAUGGGCCUGCCGGUCGACCUCGAGAUAUUAUGGAUCCCGCUGUCUUCGAGCGGCUAUCAUAUCCCCCUUCUGAAGUCUCUUCCCCGAACGAUCCAUAUGCUACUAGUUUUAAUACUCGUAGCCGCAACACCUCUUCACCAUUGCCGCCACUGUCUCGGUUGUCGAGUUUCAAUGUUGACCUAGCCCGUCUUGGCCUGUCCUCAUCAUCCUCGUCUGCCCCGAGACGCAGCCCAACGUCCCGCGUCAUGCAAUCUGACACUACAUCCACUUCCGGCUUCCCUAUUGCCCAGGUGGCCGAUAAUGGCUCAAGAGUAUGCAGUUCCGGUGACGAUGAGAUGGAUUUUCAGAGCGACACAGUCUUCGAUUCUUUGAGAUCUGGAGCUACAGGCAGUACGCGCUCUCGAAACACACCUUUAGGUUCAAUGUUUGACGAGUCCCCACCAAGCGUGAACGGCCAUUCAAGAAGUAAGAGACUCUCAAUCCACGAGAUACUAGAAAACGAGAUGUCAGAAAGGCACAACCGAAUUAUUGAGGAAGAUGAAGGGAUGUCCACCCCUGUUAAGGGUCCCCAACCGUUACAGGAUGAAGGGUUUCAGACUCCUAUCCGCCAUAGCACAGAUUCCGAUUUUCCAUCAUCACCACCAAGUUUCUGCCUGGCCACUAAGGAUUUUGGUCGCCUCUCGUUAGAUGAUACCGAGGAGGACGAAGACUGGACUAGAGAUGAUGACAUGGAUGUUAAUAACCAACUGUAUCCUCCAUCAGGCUCUAUCAAUCAUCGCAGGGUGAGUUCGAACGUCAGGACUGCAUUGGCUGAUGUGACACACACGAAUGGGAACCCAGCGUCAACAAAUAGAGAGCGACCGAAGAGUAAUCUAUUUGACUGGUCGGAACCUUCAUCGGCUGAGAAGCUGGAUUUUAUGGGAAAUUCCCAGCGACCACAAACAGCGCACGUGAAACAGAUGGCUGAUAGUAGAGGUGGCCGCGCACUUGGGAGACACCGCCCGAGUGCACUCCAUAUCCGGAGUCAGAGUGUGCCAGUUAUUCCUGAUGGUGGCACUCAGCGGGAUCAUGCCAAACUGACACCUAAAUUUGGAACUUGGGGUCUUGGAGCGAAAGGAGUUAGCGAGGAUUGGGAUAACGACUUCGAAUUUGAAAGCUCCGACGGCAAUGAUGGGGAGGAUGGAGAUAGCAAAAUGGAGAGUAGCGGAAUGCUUAUACCCCAAACGAUCCAAGCAAGCCAAGAGAAUGUUCUUGGGCAUGUUGGGCACAUACGGGAGGUCUGUCUGCUGGUGGAGGAUUUGAAAAGAUUGAGAUUGCUCGCGAAAGAAAAGGGCCUAUUACAUGGGUCGUCUUCAACGUUAUGGAAAGAAGCCGAGGGAAUAAUUGCUCUUGCUGUGCCAGACGAGGAAGAUAUGACUCUCUCGCCAACCCAUUCCCCAUCAUCGGCUGCGUUCGAUAGGGAGAAGUUGGACAAUCGACAUAAUGAUACCGGACUUGAUGUUGCAGUUGGCCGCCAUAGGGGUCUUGCUUACGAUACAAAGACUGUUCGGCGGAGAUCCGUGUUCUCUCCCGACGACGACAUAUUUGGAGCCGGACUCGAUAGCCCUCCAACAGAGGAACUGCUACUUCCGCCAGCAAAUCCUCCGACUCACUUCCAUAGCCAAGGUUCCUCAGAGGUCGCUCGUUCAGUUAUGGAAAACAUGCACCAGCACCGAGCAAUAUCUGACCCUCUACUAAAAGAAAUGUCGAUCGAGGCUUCGAACAAAAUGCCCUUUGACACGACCAGUCUACGGGAUCUUGUCCAUCGUGCCAAUGUGCUUAGCCGUACCCUGGGCGAUAUAAUUCGCAAGGCUGAUGGCAAACCACAGAGCCCGGAAGCAAGCCCACGACGUGAUUCGAGCCCAGCAUUCACACGUGUCUUUACUGACCCGAUGGCCAACCCAACUAAACAUUUGCCAACGAGUCGAAGCAAUAACUCAAUCCUCAGUGGCUCUAUUGAUACGUCUCCAACACGAAACCUAGGAGGCCAGAGGAUGCAUAUGAUGACAGUUGUAUGA